AUGGCUAAGAAGAAGCUGAACAAUCCCCCAAAAGAAGAAACCCCUGCCAUGGAUGAAAUCACCGAGAAGAUGGAGAGCUUGAAGUCUCUCAACGCUAUGCUUCUCAAGGAGACUGUUGAGCGCCGCCAACAGGUUGACUCACUCUUGGAGUCCAAAGCCUCCUUGGAAUCGCAGGUAACUCGUUCUAACUCGGAAAAUGAGGCUUUGAAGUCCGAAUUGGGUCGCCUGAGUGAGGGGUUUUUCUCUGUCGAAGUUGAGAGGAAUGUCAUGGUUGUUUUUGUUUCCCAUCAGUCCGAGUUGAUUGAGAAGGAGAGAGUGCAGGUUGAGAUCCAAAUGAAGGGUUUAGAGGGCAAAAUGGAGGAGAUUUUGAAGGGUAGGGAUGAGCUUGAGAAAUUGAAGAUCCAAAGAGAGAGGGAGAUUGAAUCGCUUAACGAGAAGGUGAAGCAACUUGGGCUUGAAAUUGCUAAGGAGAGGGAUUUUUCUAAUGGGCUCUGUUCCCAGAGGGACCAAAUGAAGGAUAAACUUGAAGUUCAAAUUAGGGAGACUAACGACCUAGGUAUCAGAUUGAUUGAAACCGAGAAAAAAGAAAGAUUGGUUCAAGAAGAGGUUGAGAAUCUGAGGGUUAGGUGUAGUCUAGUGGAGAAGGAGAAACUGGAGAGCGCAAAGAAGAUCGAGUCUCUGAGGAGGGAUAAGGAAUCGCUGGAGAUGAGUCUGAGGGAAACAAACGACGUGGUCAAGCAUUUGAGGCAGGAGAUUGUGGGAAUUGGGAAGGAAAAAGAAGGGCUGGAAGAGGAAAAGAAGUUACAAAUGACAAAGAGCAAAGAGCUGGAAAAAGCUGUUGCUGGACUUGAAGAAAUGGUGGGGAGUUUGAGAAAGGAGGAGGAGGAGUUUCGUCAAGUUGUUGCUGAAUUGGAGAAGAAGUGUGUUGACAGUGAAGAAAGUGAAAGGGAAAUGAGGAGGCAGAUUGAUGAGAUGGUAAAGGAGAAGGAUGAGAAGGAGAGGAAGCUUUUGAAGGUUGUUGAAGGUAAGAGGUCUGUAGAGAAGGAACUAGAUGACGCUUUGAAGCAAUUAAAUGAGCUGAAGCUGAAAUUGAAUGAACUGAUUAAUGAGAAAAGUGAGCUUUCGGAGUCUAAAGAGAGGAAAGAAAAUGAACUGGUUGAGUCGGAAAAACAAGUGGCUGAAUUGAGUAAAGCUGUUCUGGGGUUAGAAGAUUCUUGUAGGGUUCAAAAGGGGGAAAUUCUUGCCCUGGAAUCUGAAGUGAGGAGUUAUAAAGAUUCACAUGAGCGCGCCUCAAUUGAGAGGGAUCAGGCGAUGAAGGGGAUGGAGGAGCAGAAACAGAAUGUUGUAAGCUUGUUGGAGAAGAUUGAGGUAAUGGAGAAAAACUUAGAGAAGAACCUCAAGACCAUUGAGGAACUGAGAACUGAAAGUGCUAAAGUAAGUGAAGAAAAAGAUAAUCUGGAGGGGCAACAUACUUUGUUGGAGCAGGAAUUAGCUUCAGCUAAGAAUGAAAUUGUUGCAGCACGUAACGAGUUACAUGCUGUGAAGCUUAAAGGCGAAACUGCUGCACUAAACUGGGAUCAGGUUCUGAAAGUUUUGACUAGCACUACAAUGUUGGUCUGUACCAAGGAUGAUCUUUCUGCAACCACUGGUGCUGGCGUGGAGAUUAAUGGAGAUCUUGAGCCAUAUGCCAAAUUGGAAGCAAUUAAGAAUGCAUUCAAGAGGAAGGAGAAGACACUGGAGGACAUGAAGAGGCAGCUUGUUCAUUUGCACAAAUCUGUGGAAGAAGCACAGCAUAAGAAGGGCUUCUGGACUACUGUCUCUUCACUUACUACAAUCUGUGCUGCAAUUUCUCUUUCUCUUGCAUAUGUUGCUCGAGGAGGGCAUUAG